UUCUCCACUUGACGAUUCUGUAGUCGGAGUCUUACUACAAAGUACAGUGUAAUUAAAGCUAUUGAAACCAAAUUACAUCAAAACAAAUACUUGAAUGGUCUUUACUGAUGCACGCGGCAGGUUUAAUGAUACGGUAGACUAUUAAAUCUUUAUUGAUUGACUUAUGUAGUUACUAAAGUCUACCAAAUGUUACUGAAUGCAUUGUGUCACAUGGAGGAGAAACAUUGAUUGUGUGGACUUACUACUACCGAUUUUAUAUGUUGUGUCUUCUCAGCGGUAAAUAUUGGAAAAACUUCCUUAAAGCUAUGGAGUAGUGGUAGCAUGACGAAUCACAGCACAAGAAUAAAAACAAUCCUGACAAGAUCACGAUGGUUAACCUCUCAUAUGUGAUUCCGGUCCACGACGAAAAUUUCCUCCAAGAUGACCGAGCUAUCCAAACCUAUAUGGAAAAAUCAGUUGAGGAUAGAAAUGACCAUUCCAUAAAAAAUACCUUCCAUCAAGAGGCCUACUAUCUCUACUUUGUGGCCGUGCUUGGGAUAUUACUAAACCUUGUGGUAGUAUUGUUUGUUUUUAUACGACAAACAUUGAGGAAAAUGACAAGUGCCUUUCUAAUACAUGCAUGCUUUUUGGAUUGCCUGAAAGCAGCUUAUUGCAUUCCAAUAGCAAACAAUCUUGUUACGCAGAAGAAACCUGCCGACUGUGAUUUCUUUGGAGCAACUUACGUAUUAAUUGUAACUGCCUCUGUAUUUAACAUGCUGGCCAUGGUUUGUACAGAGGCUUACACAUUUGGAGAAAUAAAUAUCGGUGGGAAUUCACGAGGAUCAUUGUGUUGUAUUCUGUUUGGAAUAAUACUUGUUUAUAUAGCUAGUACAGUGUUGCAUCUUGGUCCAACGUUGAUCGGUGGAUAUUUUGAUUUUCAUCCUGAAAUUGGCAGCUGCUCAUUUGUCUUGGGCAAAGAGACAGGAUAUGUGGCUCAUGCAAUGUGGAUUGCAAUAUCCACCCUAGCAAUAGUAGGAAUAAUCCACUUCAUAUGUAAGUUAUAUAAAGAAAUUCAAGUGAAUCAUACAAAUCGUGUAUCAAUGCUUGUGAGGUCCUCUCUUACAAUAACGGACGAAACACUGACUUCUUGUAAUGUUCAAAAUUUCAUAAAUGAUUCCAGCCAUCGUGCAAAAAUUUUCAUUCUCAACACUAUUGCCUUUGUGAUUUGUUGGUACCCGCUAUUUUUGUUACUAUUAAUAGAUGUGCACUUCAAAGUAUCUCCGAAAGUUUACCAAUCAUUUAGUUUCAUCGCAUGGACACAGGGAAGUAUCCAACCAAUGAUCUACAUUCUGUUCGACAGACAUAUUCACUUACUAGCAAAAUAUAUCUACUGUGAUCGUUACAGACAAUACCGCUUGACAACAAUUGCCAAUCUGAUGAACCAACAAAUAACUGCUGCUGCCGCGGCAAACAAUGCACCCAGUUCUGUUCCGUGUUACGAUAUCGAGGACAAUGAAAUAGUGUAUGGUGUCUCAAACAACGAAAAUCAAAGUUCCCAUAGUACUUCUCCUAGUACAAUGUUACAACUCAGUCACGAGUCUACACCUUUAUCAAAUAUACAAAUAGAAGACCGAACAUUGAACCAAGACAUUGGACUGCCAUGUUAGCUGUAUAUAUAUCCAUAAUUAUCAUAUCAAUUUCGUAUGAAAAAUUAAAAAUUAUUUAAUUUUCUGA